AUGCUCCCGUUCGAGGUGCUGGCGUCUACGACGGUCUCCUUCGCCUCUGAGCACCGCGGACAGGCCGCCUUCCUUCGAGAUAUCGUAUCCGGACUCACACCCGUCUGCGCCAGACCCUCCACCGCCGAAACCUUCUUCCCGAGAGACAGCGCCGGCGGCGGCAGCGGCAGCGCGGCCGCCGCCAGUGGCGGUAGGUCGGCUGCGGGCCCCCGCCGCGUGGCUCUGUGCGCCCUCCCCGAGGUCUGCAGCCGCCACAACUCCCCCGCCCAGCCCCACGCGAUCGCCGACUGCGCGCGGUCGAUCAGCGGGAGCGGCAGCGUGGCCGUGGUUAUGUGCCUGGACCACCCGUCGUACGCGUUUGCCGCGGGCUGGAAGCGGCCGGGCGCGGGCGCCGCUUCCACCCCAGCCCCCCCGCCGUCGCGGACGGUGCAGGUCUACCUCCGUGUGCCUGUGGAGGCGUGGGGCGCCGUCCGGGCGGACCUCUCGGCGGCGGCGGAGGGCAUCCAGCUAGCCGCGAGGCUCGUCGACACCCCGCCGAACGUCCUCUCCACCACCGCCUUCGUCGAGGAGGCGCUGGCGGUGGCUAGCGGUCUCCCUCCGUCGAUGUGCGCGGUCAAGGUCAUCCGCGGCGACGAGCUCGAGGCGCAAGGGUUCGGGGGAUUGUACGGGGUCGGGAAGGCGGCGGUAGAGCCGCCCGCGCUGGUCGUGCUCAGCUACCUCCCGGACGGGGCUGCGGCGGGANGGGGGGGGGGGGGGGGGGGGGGGGGGGGGGGGGGGGGGGGGGGGGGGGGGGGGGGGGGGGGGGGGGGCGGGGGGGACCGCAGCCCAAACGGCGGCGGCGGCGGCGGCGGCGGCGGCGGGCGGGGUCGGAGGGCGUGGGUCGGUGUGCUUCGUGGGCAAGGGGAUCAUUUACGACACUGGCGGGCUUUCGAUCAAGACGAAGACGGGAAUGCAUGUCCGGGCAUGAAGCGAGACAUGGGAGGGGCAGCGGCGAUCCUCGGGGCAUUCCAGGCGGCCGUCAAAGCGCAGAUGGCGGCGGCGGCGGCCGGCGGCGGCGGGAGCGGGUGGGAGGGGCGGCGCAGGCCCCUCCACGCCCUACUGUGCCUGGCGGAAAACUCGGUGGCCGCAAACGCGACGCGGCCCGACGACAUCCACACGCUCUACUCGGGGCGAACGGUAGAGAUCAACAACACGGACGCGGAGGGCCGCCUGGUGCUGAGCGACGGGGUCGCCUACGCCGCCCGCCACCUCGGGCCUUCGGUCAUCAUCGACAUGGCCACGCUGACGGGCGCGCAGGGGGUGACGACCGGCAGACGACACGCCUCCGUGCUGUCGAACGACGAGGCGCUCGAGAAGAUGGCGGUCGAGUGCGGAAGAUCGUCGGGGGACCUCGUGCAUCCAGUGGUCUACUGCCCCGAGUUCUUCAGCGAAGAGUUUAGGUCCACCGUCGCGGACAUGAAAAACUCGGUGGCAGACCGCUCGAACGCUCAGGUGUCGUGCGCCGGGCAGUUCAUCGCGAACCACAUGGAAGCGUUCGUGGCCGGCCCCGCGGCCGGCGGCGGUCGAUGGCUCCACUGCGACAUGGCUUCCCCGGCGCACCAGGGGGAGAGGGCAACCGGGUAUGGAGUGGCGUUGCUCUUCAGCCUCCUCCGUUCGCUGGACCGAGAGACCGCCUAGAGAAGAGACAGGCAGCGGCUCCCUCCCUCAAAACUGCACACCUUCUUUCCCCCCGUCUUCUUCCUAGCAGGCAAUGGCGGUUUGGGGGGCUAAACGGCCAGUAGCUUUCGUUGCUUGAGGUUCGCUGGCAGGCCCCGCACGUUUAUCUUCGAUUUGUAGGUUGUCUCCAUGCCGUUUGAGAUUUAGGGUGGAGUUUUGUGUAGUCACGCUUCAAUCUGUUGGAGAGGGUGGUAAAUUGUUUCUGUGACGCCGUAGCGUAGUUGGCCGUUCUUGUUCUACCGGAUCAAACGUCUCUCUCGGAUGGCGCCUAUUAGGUCGUUUGGUAACCGGGGGCGGCAGAGAGGUGCUUUCUAAUGGUAACACACAUGGUUUGGGGAAAGGUACAAGCUAUACCGGUUGUAAGUGGGGUGGAGGCCGUCACCAACCAGUCUUGUUGAGGAAGGGUGAUAGCCAUAGAGGGUAAACGUGUGCGAAGUCGCAUUAUAUGUGUCCAAACACCUUGGACGUGGCGCGAGAUUCGAACGAGACAGGGCAAGGACAUGAGACAAUCGAAAAUCCGCUUGUACCUAAGCAUAUG